AUGAGAAUUGCCACCAAUUUGCCAACCCACAGAAUCACAAUUACUCUCUCAACCACUUUCUUUUUCAUCCAAAAAUAAUAAAAUAGCUCUCUCUUCCUCCUCCUCUUCAAUAAUUCGAGGGUGAUGCAGAUCAUCUCGAAAGCUUCUUGUGCUAUGGCCUCCAUUCCUUGCACUAGGGCAAGGAGUGGGUUUUGCGUACGGCCAGGUGCAAGACAGCUUUGCUUUAGAAAAGGUCUCUUGUAUGGUUUCAUGCACUUGUUGUCUAUUCCGUUUAAGACCUUGCGUGGUGGAGCAAGUCGUACUCUAAAAGUUGCUCAGUUUUGCAGUAUUUCCAAUAUGUCUUCCUCAUUGCAGAUUGAGUUGGUGCCAUGCCUUAGGGACAACUAUGCAUAUCUUCUACAUGAUAUAGAUACAGGCACAGUUGGGGUCGUUGAUCCAUCUGAAUCUGCACCUAUUAUAAAUGCUUUAAGUAAGAAAAACCGAAAUUUGACCUAUAUAUUAAACACUCAUCAUCAUCAUGAUCACACUGGAGGCAAUGAAGAGUUGAAAGCAAGGUACGGUGCAAAGGUAAUUGGUCCAGGAAUUGACAGAGACAGAAUUCCUGGCAUUGACAUAGCCCUGAAUGAUGGGGAUAAAUGGAUGUUUGCAGGACAUGAGGUGACUAUUAUGGAAACUCCCGGUCAUACACGAGGCCAUGUUAGUUUCUACUUUCCUGGAUCAGGAGUGAUUUUUACAGGAGAUACUUUGUUUAGCUUAUCAUGUGGCAAGCUUUUUGAAGGGACACCUCAGCAGAUGCAUUCUUCUCUCAAGAAGAUCAUAGCUUUGCCAGAGGACACACAUAUAUACUGUGGCCAUGAAUAUACGUUGAGUAAUUCAAAGUUUGCACUGUCUAUAGAACCCAAUAAUGAGACACUCCGGUCUUAUGCUGCCUAUGUAGCCCAUCUUCGCAGCAAAGAUGUGCCAACAAUUCCAACUACUUUGAAGAUUGAGAAGGCAUGUAAUCCGUUCCUUCGCGCUUCAAGUGCUGAAAUACGGACAUCACUAAAAAUCCCAGCAGAAGCAACCGACGCGGAAGCGUUAGGUGCUAUUCGGCAAGCAAAGGAUAAUUUUUGAGAUGAAGAUUGGGGAGAUUUGUUUGUCUAUAGGAAAGGUAACCCCCUUGUUCUGUCCAUAUGUUUCUUCUUUUAUUGUGGAUCCUUCUCAAGUGUUGGUUCUUCAGAUCAUUUGGUGAUGACGAAAAUUUUAGAAUUAUGUGGGAAUGGGUGAAGGGUAUUAUUGUUGUAUAACUUUGGAAUCACAAUCCGUACCAUUCCCAUUCCGAAAAUAAUUGAUCAUUUUGUAAGUUGGCAAAACAUGCUUUGAAUUUUGUGCAAGAUAUUUGCAUUUUUUUCUUUGGAUCUUGCAAUAGAGAUUUUGUAAUGUAGUAGAAGAUGAAAUCUGAGAAUUGACAUUUUGAUUGUUUUGAUCCUCAUGAAUUAAGGGGACUUCAGAUUCUUUGUUA